AUAUUGGGAUGGGGGGUUUGGUGAACCAGAGGGUAGCCCCAACCCUGUCCUAUUGUCUGCUCAGGCCAAGUGGCAGCGCCUGACCUCAGAGGGCAGUGCCCGUCUGGAAAUGUAUGAGGACAUCAGCCUCAUGACCCUGGACAGUCUGCAGAAAUGCAUCUUUAGCUUCGACAGCAAUUGUCAAGAGAAGCCCAGUGAUUACAUCACCGCCAACGUGGAGCUCACUUACCUUUUUGCCAGAAGGCAACAGAAUUUCCUGCUGUACCCGGACAUCCUGUACUACCUCACCCCCGACGGGCAACGCUUCCGCAGGGCCUGCCGCGUGGUGCAUGCUUUCACAGAGGCUGUCAUCCAGGAGCGGCGGCGCACGCUCCUUAGUCAGGGGAUCGACGACAUCCUCAAGGCCAAGGCCAAGACCAAGACGUUGGACUUCAUCGAUGUGCUUCUGCUGACCAAGGAUGAAGAUGGAAAGCGCUUGUCAGACGAGGACAUACGGGCGGAGGCUGACAGCUUCAUGUUUGCAGGCCAUGACAGCACGGCCAGUAGCCUCACCUGGAUCCUGUACAACCUCGCAAAGCACCCAGAAUACCAAGAGCGCUGCCGAAAGGAGGCGCGAGAACUCUUGAGAGACCGUGGAGAUGAAGAGAUUGAGUGGGACGACCUGGCCCAGCUGCCCUUCCUCACCAUGUGCAUCAAGGAGAGCCUGCGGCUGCACCCCCCACUGUUGGGCAUCUCCCGCAGCUGCACCCAAGAUAUGACGCUCCCCGACGGCCGGGUCAUCCCCAAAGGUGUCAUCUGCUUUAUCAAUAUUUUCGGGACCCAUCACAACCCAGCUGUGUGGCCGGACCCCGAGGUCUAUGACCCCUUCCGCUUCGAGCCAGAGAAGGUCAAGGACAGGUCGCCGCUUGCGUUCAUCCCUUUCUCAGCCGGGCCCAGGAACUGCAUCGGGCAGACGUUCGCCAUGAUCGAGAUGAAGGUGGCGCUGGUUCUCCUGCUACUGCACUUCCGCUUCCUGCCCGACAGCACCGAGACGCGCAGGAAGCCGGAUUUGGGUAUGCGCGCCGAGGGCGGCCUGUGGCUGUGGGUGGAGCCGCUGAGCUCGAGCCGGCAGUGACCACUGCGCCCGGGUCUGGGCCUCACCUGAACCCACGCAUCCACCUUUGCACAACCCACAAACCAGGAAUAAACUGCU